CAGUUGACGUUGAAAUCAAAAGUUUUGACAACACUUGUUAUACUUGUUGUAUUACUUGUAUAUUCGUCUCGCAAUCUCAUUUUCAUCUCUCUAAACUCGUAUUUUAUACUUAGUUUAUUUACGUAGUCCGACGUGAGUGGACUGUUGUCUUUAUUCCUGUUAAUAUUAAUAUUGUAUUAAAUUCGGUUUUUUUUAUUCUUAUAAUAUUUAAUAACACACCACACAAUUUAUCGAAAUAUGGCCCCUUUACCCAUCGUAUCAAUAACUAGACGAGAAACCUUCAGUUCGUGCCACAGGCUGCACAGCCCAUACUUGACUGAUGAGGAGAAUAAGAAGAUAUAUGGAAAAUGUAAUAAUCCGAAUGGACAUGGGCACAAUUAUGUUGUAUUGGUGACAGUGAAAGGCCCAGUAGAUACUCAAACCGGAAUGGUUAUGAAUGUUCAUGAGCUCAAGCAGUACAUGCAGCUUGCUAUCAUGGAUCCACUUGACCAUAAAAACUUGGACCAGGAUGUCCCAUACUUCAAAGCUGUGGUAAGUACAACAGAAAAUGUGGCAAUAUACAUUUGGGACCAACUUCAGAAGGUUAUGGAAAAGCCGCAGUUGCUACAUGAAGUUAAGAUCUUAGAGACUGAAAAGAACCAUGUGGUGUACAGGGGUGGGAGCACCUAUCCAAGGAAGAAGUUUGACUCCACUAGUCUGCAUCCAAACCACCAUGAUGUCUCAUCAGACUCUGACUAAUUGACUAGUCUUCAGAGACUCUUGCCUACCUUGAUAUUAAGUGUACAAUAUAUUGUGAUAGUUAUUUUUUUUAUGGAUGAUUAUAAUAUUAUAUUAUAUUCCUAUAUUUUAUAUUCAUGUAAACCUGUUAAAAUUAAACAUUCCAAACUGCUUAGCGAUUUAUUUUCUUCGAGAAUUGAUUCAAAAACAAGAAUAGGUAGCCAUUUAUUUAUUUCUAUAACUCAUUACAUUUUGUGAUAAAUAAAAAUAAGCAUAUUAUUGUAGACGCAAUUAUAAUAAACUUCUGUAUAGUUGAACAAAUAAAAUAUUUCAUUAUGUAGUUUCCACAAUAUUUGAAACACAA